GUCCGGCGGAGCGGCGGUCGCUUCCGGCCGACCGGACGCCGUGGAGGCAGCGGAGUUCCGAGACGGUCUCCAGUGCGGUGGGGGCGUGCCGGUCGUCCUGCGCGUGGGGGGAGCUCGCGGAGCCGGCCCGUGGGAGCACGGUGAGGCGGGGCGAGCGGCAGCCGAGGGCGGCCCGAGCCGGCGAGCGGGGCGCAGUCCCCUCCUCGGCUUCCGCAGGGCCUGGGAUAAACACCCUGGUUGGUGGGUGUUCUGUCGGUGUUCUCGGUCGGCGGGACUAAUGGACAGAAACUGGCACGGGAGGACUUUCAGGCGUCUGUGGGGUGCAGCUUGAGACAGGUCUCCUGUCCCGGGGCUGUCCGGUCUCUUGCCUCCGCAGCCGUCGUUAGAGCCCUGCUCUUCCCGACUCUCUGGGAUUUGUCUUUCCCGAGCUGGCCAUGGAUGCUUCGACUCAGCCUCCCACACCCACUUCACCGAGUUGCAGCCUAACCUCACGGACAAUCCACAUCGAGUUCCCUCACCAUAGCUCUUCGCUGCUAGAAUCCCUGAACCGCCACAGGCUGGAGGGGAAGUUCUGUGAUGUGUCCCUCCUGGUUCAGGGCAGGGAAAUUAGGGCUCACAAAGCAGUGCUGGCUGCCGCCUCUCCUUACUUCCAUGACAAGCUGCUUUUGGGGGAUGCGCCCCGACUCACCUUACCCAGUGUCAUUGAGGCAGAUGCUUUCGAGGGACUGCUUCAGCUCAUCUAUUCAGGGCGCCUCCGCCUGCCACUGGAUGCUCUCCCUGCCCACCUCCUUGUAGCCAGUGGCCUGCAGAUGUGGCAAGUCGUGGAUCAGUGCUCAGAGAUUCUUCGAGAACUGGAAACGUCAGGCGGUGGAAAUUCAGGCGGCGGAGGAGCCGCCUGCCACACACUGCUUUCCACAACCCCUUCAGGAAGCUGGUGCAUUCGCUCUUCCUCUUUCCAGAACCCAGCGCAGUCCUCCGCUUCCACAGAGAACUCUGCCUUCGCCGAGAACCUCGUCGGAGGGGAGAAGAGUGAGCUGGAACAGGUGCUACAGAUUCAGGUGAAGGAGGAGGAGGAGGAGCAGGGGUCGGCAGCCCACCUCUUCCAGACUCAACCCCAGAGACUACCCGAAGAGUUUCCCCCAGCUUGUGGAUCCCACCCCCUGCCUGCGUCUGCUUUCCCCAGCAUGUCUCCGGAGGACCAGAGUUCAACCCUUGAGUUCCCUGCCCCUCCUGUACAGGCUUCCCAUGUCAUAGAGGUUAAUCUGGACCCCCUUAUGUCUGUGGAGAAGACAUCAGGAAGUAGGGCUGUGCCCCGAGGAGCGAAGGAGGGGACCAGAACUCUUUCUGAAGCAGACUCUGAGGGAAAGGGAGAGCUAAGAUACCUGCUGUCCUCAGGAGGAGGAGAAACAUCGGGCUCAGGAGAUCCGUCCUGGAAACCAGUGGACCUUCAUGGGAAUGAAAUCAUGUCCGGAGGGCCCGGAGGAUCAGGACAAGCUAUGCAUGGGCCUGUGAAGCUGGGAGGGACGCCGCCUGCAGAUGGGAAGUGCUUUGCUUGCUUGUGUGGAAAGCGCUUCGCGGUGAAGCCCAAACGAGACCGGCACAUCAUGCUGACCUUCAGCCUUCGGCCCUUUGGCUGCGGCGUCUGUAAUAAACGCUUCAAGUUGAAGCACCACCUCACAGAGCACAUGAGGACCCACGCCAAAGCUCUGGAUGCCUGUCCCCACUGCGGCCGACGCUUUCGUGUCCACGCCUUUUACCUUCGCCACCGGGACUUGUGCAAAGGGCAGGGUUCAGGCACUGCCCACUGGACUUACAAAUGACAGCUAGCGCUCUGUACUGACUUGUAGGAGAAGUAGCCACUGCUGCUGCCGGGCUCUCACCCGUCACCACCUCGGUCCUAGAUUGCAUAGUCCAGGAGGUUAUAUAGCUUGUGAACCCCUUGCUCUUGGGAUGGGCCUCACCCUGGUGUACUCGGAAGCUCAGGUUUCUCAGUACAGCUGUUUGUUGAACAGACUGUAGGAAAGUCAUAUUUUUGACCAUUCACCCUAAAGGGCCUCUUUUGUAUUGGUAGCCAGUGAGGAAACCAUUGACUUAGAUUAGGUUGGUGAGCGAAGAGUUGGAACAAAAUGAACUAGUAACUUUACUUCCUCUUCACCAGGAGGUAAGGGAGCUGCUCUCCGACUAGGAAUGUAUUUGAUUCAGAGCGCAAGUAAUUGUCAGACUAAGCCCCAAGCAUCCCCCCGCACACACACACACACUGUUGGCAGCGUUCUGUUUCUAUACUUCUUCCUGCUGUUUCUUUCUAGAAGCUUUCUAGAUUGUACUUUGCUUUCUCACCAGUAGACACCUCCCCCAAAGUCCUUCUAAAAAUGUACUUGAACACGCAGCAGGUGUGGUUGCACACACCUGUAAUCCCAACACAUUGUGAGGCAGGGGCCGAAGAUCUCUGUGAGCUCCAGACCAGCCAUAACAAGUUCCAAGCCAGUUGGGGCUACACAGUGAGCACUUUAACACACUGAGCAUCUGUGUGAGUCUACCCCCCCACCCCGCGCGCCCCCCCGCCAGAGGUUACUCCUUCAACAGCCUUUGCUCUGUCUUCCUUUGACGACCACUGACAGCUUGCGUGUAACCACAGUGACAGAUGUGACCCGUGAACUCAGGAGAUGGCAACUGUCAUAAAAUGCUCUCAGGGUAGCCCCAUUGCUCGCUGAACAAAUUGCCCUGAUUAGGACUCAGGGUUGAGACCACACGUGGUAAAUUCUGCAGAAUAACUAACUGAACAGAGGACGGUACUGCCUCCCUCUCCCUCCCACCCACAUUUGAUGGGAAGAAAUGCUUAUAAAGCAGAAGGGAGCUGAUGGAGUUAAAGUUGCUUAAUUUAAUUGCUUUUUUUUUUUUUUUUUUUUUGAGACAGGGUUUUGUGUAGCUUUGGAGCCUGUCCUGGAAUUUGCUCUGUAGUGCAGGCUGGCCUCGAACUCACAGAGAUCCACCUACCUCUGCCUCAGAGUGCUGGGAUUAAAGGCGUGUGCCAUCACCGCCGGGCUUAAUUUCAUUGCUUAAUAAACUCUUGCGUGAAAUCUAAAUUGACGGCAGCCUAGAUUGAGUGAUUUCUGUGGAGGAGGUGUGAGAGCAGAGCCCAGGAGGUGAGUGUUCCUUUGCAGUGGUUAGGCGUUGGUGGAAGAAUCCUAUUGGUUUCCCAGUACAGCUGGAGAAUGCUGGCUGGACCCAGGCUGCCCCACAGCUGAGGAACCGCAGGUAAGGCACUUUACGUUUCAGGGGUUUUGCUUGAGACCUCAUCUUACUGUCUGAUUCAGCCUGGCCUCAAACUUAUGAUCCUCCUUCCCAACCCCUUGAAUACUAGGAUUACAAGUGUAUACCACCAUGCCUGGCUUAUGCCACUUUUGUUUUUUUUUUUUUUUUGGAUUUUCGAGACAGGGUUUCUCUGUAGCAUUUUGGUUCCUGUCCUGGAACUAGCUCUUCUAGACCAGGCUGGUCUCGAACUCACAGAGAUCUGCCUGCUGCCUCUGCCUCCCGGGUGCUGGGAUUAAAGGCGUGCGUCACCACUGCCCGGCAUGCCACUUUUUGAUAGGGUUUGAGUUCAUAAUAUUAAUGUAUUUUCUGACAUCUUGCAUUGGGCAUAGUGCUGGAUGGUACUUUGGUUUAUUCUACAGAUCUUAGAACAGGGCAGUGUGCUAACCUGAUUUCCUUCACUGGGAAAGGGUCUCAGCAGAUAAGAGCAGUCACUGCCCAAACAUGACAGCCUGAGUUCAGAUCCCAGCACCCACAGAACAAAAGCCGGGUGUUGGACUGACAGGAGGAGUCAGUAGGUGCCUUCUAAGAAGCCAGAUAACCUGAGUCUGCGCCCCAGAACCCAAUGGUGGAAGGGGAGAACUAACUUCUGCAAGUCGUCCACAGACCUUCACAAGCAUGCCAUAGCACAUGCUUGCACACACAGACACACAAUUUAAAAAAGAUUUUACAAAAUGGGAUUUUUGUGGCUAAGCAGGUGAAGUACAGCUUGGAAUUUUCAAACUCUCAGAUGGACCAUGGUCUUACGCACUUGGUGAGGAGUGUAUUCCUUGGGAAAGGCAGUAGUGGUGGUGCCUUGGAUCAACCACAGGCCUACCCACCUGCUUGGCAUGCAUUAGGUAGGUGGCUGUAUUCCUUGCUAUCUUGGUUCCGUGGGUUGCAAGCACAGGAAGUUGGCUCUGGAUAGCCUUACUGAGGUGACUUUAUAGAAGAAUAGAAACGGCGGCACUGAGGCGCCUGUGGAAGAUCAAGUCCUCUCAUAGCUCAUGGAGCCCGCGACCCAGGGCAUAGACCCUACUGAGACAACUUGUCCUGGGGCGGGCGUGGGUUCCCACGGGCUGGUGAAAGACGGACAGAUGCAUCUCAAGGAGGGUAGGUCUUCAGCUGCAGCGGGGCUCAGCCUCUGUGGACUGAGAUGCUUUCCCUUCCCCACAGCUUCCUUAUUGUUCUCCAGUUUAAGCCUUAGCAAGUUCGUUUCCAUAUCCUCAAAACAUCUCAGUUAAGCUUCCGAGAGACAAUGGCAAAUACAAACUCUCAACAAGGGAUACCUUGGUUUUCUUGGUUUUCCCAGCCUAGUUUUGCAUAGGCUUUGCAUCUUUGGGAACCAGCACCUUU